UGGGAGCAGUGCGCCGCGAGCAGAGCCGGCUCUCAAGCGGAAGGCCAGGGCCCCGGCGGGGCAGCCAUGGAGGCGGCGGCGCGGAGGCGGCCGCUCACGGGAGCGGCGGGGGGUUCGGGCGCGCAGCCAGGCGCCUCCUUCCUGCAGGCCAGGCAUGGCUCUGGCAAGGCUGAUGAGGCUGACUGCUCGGCUCCCUUCCACUUCGACCUCUGGUUCUACUUCACGCUGCAGAACUGGGUUCUGGACUUUGGCCGCCCCAUCGCCAUGCUGGUGUUCCCUCUUGAGUGGUUCCCUCUCAACAAGCCCAGCGUUGGGGACUACUUCCACAUGGCCUACAACGUCAUCACGCCCUUUCUCCUGCUGAAGCUCAUCGAGCGGUCCCCCCGCACCCUGCCUCGCUCCAUGGUCUACGUCAGCAUCAUCACCUUCAUCAUGGGUGCCAGCAUCCACCUGGUGGGUGACUCCGUCAACCACCGCCUGAUCUUCAGUGGCUACCAGCACCACCUGUCCGUCCGGGAGAACCCCAUCAUCAAGAACCUCAAGCCAGAGACACUGAUUGACUCCUUUGAGCUGCUGUACUAUUACGACGAGUACCUGGGUCAUUGCCUGUGGUACAUCCCCUUCUUCCUCAUCCUCUUCAUGUACUUCAGCGGAUGUUUCACGGCCUCCAAAGCCCAGAGCUCCAUGCCUGGGCCCGCCCUGCUCCUCCUGGUGCCCAGUGGCCUAUACUACUGGUACCUGGUGGCCGAAGGCCAGAUCUUCAUCCUCUUCAUCUUCACCUUCUUCGCCAUGCUGGCCCUCGUCCUGCACCAGAAGCACAGGUGCCUCUUCCUGGACAGCAACGGCCUCUUCCUACUCUGCUCCUUUGCCCUCACCCUCUCACUGGUGGCGCUCUGGGUGGCCUGGCUUUGGAACGACCCUGUACUCAGGAAGAAGUACCCAGGGGUCAUCUACGUUCCUGAGCCCUGGGCCUUCUACACUCUCCACGUCAGCAGUCGGCACUGAGUCCCCGGUACGGGCCACUACUGCACCUGGGGAGGCGGGUGGGCCCUGGGGUAUCUGAGCACGAGUGUGCGGGUGUGCAGUGUAAGAACCUGGCAGCCGUGUGUUUGCACGUGGGCCGGUGUAUGUGUGCAGAUUACAUUGUUGAAGACGCACCUGUUUUGGUCAAGUCUCUGGUUUGGAUCUUUUCAGGAUGGAAUUCAGUUUGGGGAAAUGUGUCCAGGUCAAGAUUGGGGCCCUGCCCUCUGCCUCUGACUGCAGUUGAGCACUCCGUGCCUCCGGGCUGGGCUGACCUUCCUAGGAUAUCUGAUGGCCAUGUAUGAGGGGACUUGGUGUACUACUUGGCUGGCCUUCAGCUGCCUGGCCCUGGACACCAGGUUCCUGGGUUCUGUCAACCUUCUCUGUAUUGUGAAGCUAAACUUGUCUCCUCUCAGGGCUCGUUCAUACUCAGUGAGUCGUGGUCCCAAAGUGGCUCAGUGGGCUGGGUUCCUGACCCCCUUGGGGCAGCCUUAACACAGACAAGUGGUUCAGGCUUCCCAGCCUGGGAAGGCUGUGUGCACCCCAGACCCUCGCUUCAAACUGCUCAUGGUGUUGAGUCACCCACACCCCAGGGCACCACAGGCCUCGCUUCCCCAGCUGUGCCAGCCCGAGCAUGGGGGCCCACAAUGCUGUCCCUCCACUGUCUUGUCCUCCCUCAGCGGUAGCUCAGUGUCAGCCUGCCAUGUGGUGUGGAGCUGCAUGGAAGGCAGAGUUAAGCCCUUGCCCUUUUCCCUGAUGGGGACACCUCAAGGUUGUCCAGCUACCCUUUCUCACCUGCAUCUCUUACCUUCUGCCAGGGGCCCUGCUCCCAGAACGGGAGGCCCCUCUGUAAGCACAGCAAACUUACUCCCUCCUCACAGGGCCAAGAACUGCAUCCUUCUCCAGCCAGACCUGGCUGUGUGUGCUGUGGGUCUGGGCUGCCCUGCUUUGCCCCUGCCCUGCCUCCUUGUGCCCUCAGGGAGCCCCAGACUCAGGUUCUCCUCCCAUGGGUCCCUCCGUGGGUCAGGCCCAGUGCUGGCAGCCUUGGGUGGUAAGAAGUGGGAAUAAAGGCUGGUGUGUGUGUAGCCCAGCCUAAUUGGCUAUUUCUGACAUUGGAUGUGAAGUGGGGAGGCAGGAGGGAGUCCUGGAACAGGGAGGGACUUAACUGGUCUGGGGCCCCAUUUGGGGCGAAGCCCCCUCUAGCAGAACCCUGGGCAGACUCCAGUGGCCCACUCAGCCUUGUCUGCCCAUUGACCCUGGAGGCCAUUUGCCAGGCAUCUAAGGGGCACUUCCUAGGGGUGGGGGCAAGAAGGGGGCCUCUUCGUCAUGGUCACUCCAGCUCUUAGAGGCUGGGAGCACAGGGCAGAAGAAGACCUCUAAGGCCUGACCCCAGGGGUGGCCCAGCUAUGGAUGUCCUGGCCUCUCAGCUGUGCUGCCCUUUUGG